AUGGCCGGCGCGGCCCAAAACGCCGCCGGCUCGGAGCCCGAAGAGCAGCUGCGCGCGGCGGAACGGCUGCGGCAGGGGGCGCUGCGCGUCCUGGAGAUUCUGCAGGCGCCGAGCUGCGCCGACCUCGACGUCCGGGACAUGUACGGGCUGCACGCCGCGCGUCUGCUUGAGGUCAUGGCGGCGGAGCUGCAGGCACAGGCGUCAGCGGGUGCUGCCCAGAUCCUCAGAGCUCGCAGGGCGCUGCAAGCUGCCCGCAGGGUCGAGGAGUUUCACUAUGCCGAGGAGAGCGUGCCCUACACAGUGGUGUCUGCAGCUGGGAGGUUGCGCCCAGCCACACGCCCUUUCUACAUCACUGGGGAAGGAAGCGAUGCGCCCGAGUCUGCCCAGUCGGAUGAUCUUGUGGCGCCCACGAUGGAUUCUGGGACGAUGCUGGAUGUGGCCUCUUCUUCCUUUGGACCCUUCAGGCUGGAGGGAACGACGCAGACAGGCGCGGCCAUGCGGAGCUCGAGCGGCGGGCCUGAGAUCCUGGAGCGAGUCGAGGAGGAGCGUGAGCUGGGAGGAGAGGAGGUUCGCCUUGCGGCAGCUCAGCACAUUUUGCUGCAGAGGCAACUCUUGCGUGCCAAAUUCAGAACAUGUCCGGCAGGGCACGAGCUUCAGGAGCGGGAGGAUAGGAGGGGAGCAAGCUGCGACCUUUGCGAGGAAGAUAUUAAAGGGGUGACCUUGUGCUGUGACCAGUGCAAUUGGGAUGUAUGCCGAGAGUGCGCUGGCCUGGCUGGCCUUCCACAUUCUCACGAUGCAGACGAAGAUGUGCCCCAAAUGGCUGCUUUGGCGAUGCUGCGAAGGCUCAGUAAACAGUUGGAGCAAAAGGGCGAUCUCUCCGGAGCUGCAGCACUCUUGAAAGCAGCCCUGAAACAACCGCGGCCAGGUGAUCAGGAUUCUCAUGAUCCAGACGUGGUCGUGGUCUUGUAUGCUGGUGCCGAUAACGUGAAUGUUGCAGCCACUUUGCAUGAGCUGGGCAUGCUGCUGAAGCAGAAAGGCGACCUGGAGCAAGCCGAGGAGCACCUGAAGGAGGCACUGAGGAUGGAAAGGUCCGUCUAUGCUGGUGCCGACCACGUGAACGUUGCAACCACUUUGCAUGAGCUGGGCUCGUUGCUGAAGCAGAAAGGCAACCUGAACCAAGCCGAGGAGCACCUGAAGGAGGCACGGAGGAUGAAUAAGUCCGUAUAUGCUGGUGCCGACCAUGAGCAAGUAGCAGUCACUUUGCAGGGGCUGGGCAGUCUGCUGAAGCAGAAAGGAGACCUGGAGCAAGCCGAGGAGCACCUGUACGAGGCACUGAGGAUGAUGAAGUCCGUAUAUGCUGGUGCCGACCACGUGAACGUUGCAGCCACUUUGCAUGCGCUGGGCAUGUUGCUGCUGCAGAAAAGAGACCUGAAUCAAGCCGAGGAGCACCUGUACGAGGCACUGAGGAUGAAUAAGUCUGUAUAUGCUGGUGCCGACCAUGAGCAUUUAGCAGUCACUUUGCAGGGGCUGGGCAGUCUGCUGAUGCAGAAAGGGGACCUGGAGCAAGCCGAGGAGCACCUGAAGGAGGCACGGAGGAUGAAUAAGUCCGUAUAUGCUGGUGCCGACCACGAGAACGUUGCAGCCACUUUGCAUGACCUGGGCAUGUUGCUGAUGCAGAAAGGAGACCUUGAGCAAGCCGAGGAGCACCUGAAGGAGGCUCUGAGGAUGAGAAAGUCCGUCUAUGAUGUCGCCGACCAGGAGUGUGUAGCAGCCACUUUGCAGGUGCAGGGCGUGUUGCUGAAGCAGAAAGGAGACUUGGAGCAAGCCGAGGAGCACCUGUACGAGGCACUGAGGAUGAUGAAGUCCGUAUAUGCUGGUGCCGACCACGUGAACGUUGCAGCCACUUUGCAUGCGCUGGGCAUGUUGCAGAAGCAGAAAGGAGACUUGGAGCAAGCCGAGGAGCACCUGUACGAGGCACUGAGGAUGAUGAAGUCCAUCUAUGAUGGUGCCGACCAUGUGAGCGUUGCAGGCACUUUGCAUGCGCUGGGCAUGUUGCUGAAGCAGAAAGGCGACCUGGACCAAGCCGAGGAGUGCUUCAAGGAGAAGUUGAGGAUGGAAAGGUCCGUCUAUGCUGGUGCCGACCACGUGAACGUUGCAGCCACUUUGCAUGCGCUGGGCAGGUUGCUGCAGGAGAAGGGAGACCUGCAGCAAGCCGAGGAGCACCUGAAGGAGGCACUGAGGAUGGACAGGUCCGUCUAUGCUGGUGCCGACCAUGAGUGUGUAGCAGCAAUUUUGCAUGACCUGGGCAUGUUGCUGCAGCAGAAAGGCGACCUGGAGCAAGCCGAGGAGCACCUGAAGGAGGCACUGAGGAUGGAAAGGUCCGUCUAUGCUGGUGCCGACCACGUGAAGGUUGCAGCCACUUUGCAUGAGCUGGGCAUGCUGCUGAAGCAGAAAGGCGACCUGGAGCAAGCCGAGGAGCACCUGAAGGAGGCACUGAGGAUGGAAAGGUCCGUCUAUGCUGGUGCCGACCACGUGAAUGUUGCAGCCACUUUGCAUGAGCUGGGCAUGCUGCUGAAGCAGAAAGGCGACCUGGAGCAAGCCGAGGAGCAGUUGAAGGAGGAGCUAAGGAUGGAAAAGUCCAUCUAUGAUGGUGCCGACCAUGUGAGCGUUGCAGGCACUUUGCGUGCGCUGGGCAUGUUGCUGCAGCAGAAAGGCGACCUGGAGCAAGCCGAGGAGCACCUGAAGGAGGCACUGAGGAUGGAAAGGUCCGUCUAUGCUGGUGCCGACCACGUGAACGUUGCAGCCACUUUGCAUGCGCUGGGCAGGUUGCUGCAGGAGAAGGGAGACCUGCAGCAAGCCGAGGAGCACCUGAAGGAGGCACUGAGGAUGGACAGGUCCGUCUAUGCUGGUGCCGACCAUGAGUGUGUAGCAGCAAUUUUGCAUGAGCUGGGCAUGUUGCUGCAGCAGAAAGGCGACCUGGAGCAAGCCGAGGAGCACCUGAAGGAGGCACUGAGGAUGGAAAGGUCCGUCUAUGCUGGUGCCGACCACGUGAACGUUGCAGCCACUUUGCAUGCGCUGGGCAGGUUGCUGCAGGAGAAGGGAGACCUGCAGCAAGCCGAGGAGCACCUGAAGGAGGCACUGAGGAUGGACAGGUCCGUCUAUGCUGGUGCCGACCAUGAGUGUGUAGCAGCAAUUUUGCAUGACCUGGGCAUGUUGCUGCAGCAGAAAGGCGACCUGGAGCAAGCCGAGGAGCACCUGAAGGAGGCACUGAGGAUGGAAAGGUCCGUCUAUGCUGGUGCCGACCACGUGAACGUUGCAGCCACUUUGCAUGAGCUGGGCAUGCUGCUGAAGCAGAAAGGCGACCUGGAGCAAGCCGAGGAGCACCUGAAGGAGGCACUGAGGAUGGAAAGGUCCGUCUAUGCUGGUGCCGACCACGUGAAGGUUGCAGCCACUUUGCAUGAGCUGGGCAUGCUGCUGCUGCAGAAAGGCGACCUGGAGCAAGCCGAGGAGCACCUGAAGGAGGAGUUGAGGAUGGAAAGGUCCGUCUAUGCUGGUGCCGACCACGUGAACGUUGCGAUCACUUUGCAUGAGCUGGGCAUGCUGCUGAAGCAGAAAGGCGACCUGGAGCAAGCCGAGGAGCACCUGAAGGAGGCACGGAGGAUGAAUAAGUCCGUAUAUGCUGGUGCCGACCAUGAGCAAGUAGCAGUCACUUUGCAGGGGCUGGGCAUGCUGCUGAAGCAGAAAGGCGACCUGGAGCAAGCCGAGGAGCACCUGAAGGAGGCACUGAGGAUGGACAGGUCCGUCUAUGCUGGUGCCGACCAUGAGUGUGUAGCAGCAAUUUUGCAUGACCUGGGCAUGUUGCUGCAGCAGAAAGGCGACCUGGAGCAAGCCGAGGAGCACCUGAAGGAGGCACUGAGGAUGGAAAGGUCCGUCUAUGCUGGUGCCGACCACGUGAACGUUGCAGCCACUUUGCAUGAGCUGGGCAUGCUGCUGAAGCAGAAAGGCGACCUGGAGCAAGCCGAGGAGCACCUGAAGGAGGCACUCAGGAUGGAAAGGUCCGUCUAUGCUGGUGCCGACCACGUGAACGUUGCAGCCACUUUGCAUGAGCUGGGCAUGCUGCUGAAGCAAAAGGCGACCUGGAGCAAGCCGAGGAGCACCUGA